AUGGAGAUUUGCUUUAAUUCAUCAGCAUCAUGUGACUAUGCAAUGACUGUGUUCAGUGGUACACAGCUUCCUAAACAGUAUUGCUUUACUGGUUCAACUUUCACUGAUCCUGCGUUUUCUCUGGACAGCUUUUUACUGGCUGAGAAUCAAGCAAAGGUUGAUCCAUUACCAUCAGCGACAACAACCGAAUUGUUACAAGAUACUGGAAUCAGUGACUACCUCCAAGUAACUCCAUGUGAUCACUCUGUCUUACCGUUCACCACAGCUAAUGGCAGACUGAAUGAUGAGUGUGGUAAACUUGAAGACUCUAUUACUCUACCAGCAGACGUAUCAUUAAACAUCCAAUCAGAUUGUACCUCAGUUACCAUUUGUUCUGACAUUGGGUUUAUUGAUAAGAAAAUCCAGUCUACAAUGAAACUGGAUCCCUGUACAUAUGAAAUCACUCUUGGCAUUGAGACAAUGGAGACUACUGUAUCCUUGUUACAGUUCCAGUGGGGAAAACCUCAAUCCUUUGCCUUACAAGGAGGACUCAGAAUGGACUAUGUGAUCCAUGAUUUAACAAGUGAAGGAAUGUACCUGGUAUCUGUUGACAUGGGUCUGUGUAUGGAGACUUCUGACAGAGACAGUUGUGAUGUUAAACAUACAGUAUUAGAUAAUGUUAAACUGGCAAAGAAGUCCUGUAAUUGGAACAAUGGAUUUGCAUUCUCUGGCAAUCCUAGUUUUGACUUAUCAACCUGGUUAACUAGUAACAGUUAUACAGACUCAAAUCCCCUGUCAGGACUGGUCAUUGUUGAACUUGAAAGAUACCUACAAUUAGAUGAAUUUAUACAGCCUAGCAAAUGUGUGGCAUCUUCUGCACCUUACACACCCACAAAUGCUGAAGGCUGGGCUAUUAGUACAGGAUGUCAGACUGCACCAACACUCACAACAUUGCCUGGAUCUGGUAUUGUAUGUAACCUUGGUUAUUGCUGUACUAAAAUUGACUGCUGUGUUGACAUUGCCAAGUUAGAUACGACCUUCAGAGUUUAUGCUGACCUUGAUGUGUGUAGUAAGGAGUUUACAGUUGGUGUAGAGAAUUUCAACAGGACUAUAUCCUUGUAUAGUUUCCAGUAUGCACAAGAGGAUACUUUCUCCUUCGGAGGACUUGUUAAUAUCAAAUACAAAGUAGUGAACUACCAGAGUGAGAGAGUGUUUGUAGUUAAUAUGGACAUUGAAAUAUGCUAUUCUGCUGCUGGGCCUUGUGCAGUACAACACACAGUUUUGACUGAUGUAAAGUUACCCAAAUCUUCAUGCAACUACAGCCAGCCAUAUGCCAUUCCUGAUUUCUCAUUGGUGUCUUACAUGAGUGAGUUGGAUGUAAACACUAAUGUCAAUCAGUUACCAAGUUGGGCUGUAGACUUACUGAUGGAAGAAUUAGGAAUAGCAGGUUUCCAAAAAGAUCCGCAAUGUGACUUAUCAAGCUAUUCUGGAGCUCUAUCCAAUGGAUGGGAUUCAACAGCUUGUGGAGAACUUAUAACACUACCACAGUUACCAGCCUACACACGGUGUAGGUUACCAAGUUACUGUACUGGUGCCCAGUGCUGCUCUAACAUUGGAUAUCUUGGCAGAAAGUUGGAAGCCUUCGUCUUGGUGGAUCCAUGUAGCUACUCUGUCAGUAUUGGACUGGAGAAAAGAAAUAUCAAUGUCACAUUACUGGAAUUUACACAAGGCAGUUGGCAAACUGUCACUUUAGGCAAUCUGCUUAGACUCAGAUACAAAGCAGAGGAGUUGACAGCUGAGAAGGUUUACUUGUUGUACAUGACCAUCAGUAUAUGUUUUGAAACUGUUGGAGAUUGCCGUUAUACUUACACUGUAUUUGAUGGGGUAAAGAUUCCUAAACAACCUUGUGACUGGACUGGAGGAUACGCUAUUCCAGGGUUCAAUUUGAAUUCCUACUUGACUGGAUUAGGAUAUUCCACAAGUACACCACUGAACCCAUUAGUAUCCUCACAACUCUUGGAAUACCUGGGAGUAGCCAGUUUGUUGAAUACACCAACUGACCAGUGUCAAAUGUCUGAUUCAAUGUAUACAUCUCCAACUAAUGGCUGGACAAAAGACCCAGGUUGUACAUCAGCAGUAGAUCUACCAACUCUAGGAAGUAAUAGUGUUUGUCACUUAUAUGAUACCUGCACUGGUAUAUCAUGUUGUCUACAUUCUACUACUGUUGAUAGAAACUUCAAUGUCUUCCUCAAGCUGGAUCCCUGUACACAGAAACUUGACAUUGGUAUAGAAAAGUACCAGUUUGACUUUUCACUCUAUACCUUCACAUUUGAGAAGACUCAGUAUUUCCAUAUAGACAGAGUAAUUGAAAUUGAGUACAAAAUAACAGAUUUGGUUGGAGAAAUGGUUUAUCUUGUGGAUAUGAAAGUCAAGAUUUGCUUCAAUGACCCAACCCCAUGUGACCUUCAAGAUACAAUAGUACUAAAUACCAAAUUACAAAAGAUGGUAUGUCCAUGGUUUAGAGGAUACCCAAAUCCAAAUUGGUCCCUUAAUCAGUGGUAUAUAGACAAUUCUUUUACCCCAGGAUCUAACUUGGAUUCCUCUACAGCGUCAUCCCUGAUGGAAGCAACAGAGAUAGGAGAAUAUUUACUAAGUCCUAUGAUAUCCAGAGAUGACCCCUUUGGUACAUAUGCUGCAGCCUAUCUUGGUUGGAGUUCAGAGUGUACUGAGGCCCCUGUAACUCUCCUUCAAAUGGACCAGUCUGUGAUAUCCUGUAAUCUAGAGAGCACCUGUCGUGGAUUGAGUUGUGCAUUAGAUGUACCAUUCAUCAGUAAAACUUUUGAAUUCUACAUGAGAUUAGAGCAGUGCGACUACAUGUUGAAAGUUGGAAUUGAACGUCAACAAUAUGAAAGAACACUUAAAGGAUAUCAAUGGGGAGAAUGGACACAUGUUGACCUAAAUGGAGUUUUGAAAAUGAGUUUUGUUCUCCAUGACUUGUAUGCUGAGCCUGCAUUCCUGAUUUCUAUGAAACUGAGUUUAUGUUGGGAAGCUAACCAGCCAUGUGGAACUGUUUACAAUAUCUUUGAUAAAGUCAGGCUACCAAAGAAAGUGUGUGACUGGGAUAAGAAGUUCCUACAAAAUGACUUUUCACUCACUCAGUAUAAGACUAACAAAGGUAUUUCUACCCUGGAUGAACAUCAUGUGUCAGAUAUUCUACGCUUGACUGGUAUCUCACAAUACAUGAAGAGGACCCCAUGUAGUAGGACUGCAGCUCCUUACACUGGGGCUGAUGGAAAUAACUGGAAAAAUGAUUGUGCUAAUCCUGUCAGUUCCUUGUUAAAUUUGGGUAGCGAUACCACAUGUCACCUCGACUCAUCGUGUACAGCUGUAAAUUGUUGUGUGGAUUCUACCAGCCUCGGCCUGACCUUUAAUGGAUAUGUUAGACUAGAUCCUUGUAACUACAAAAUAUAUAUAGGACUGGAGGGUAUUGACUUGGAUUAUACUCUUAUAGAUUUUAAUUUUGGUACAGUGCAACAUUAUGCCAUGAAUGAAGUUCUUAAUCUAGAUUUUGUGAUAGAUGAUCUAACAGCAGACAAAGUAUAUGUUGUUUCUAUGAAUAUAUCAGUCUGUCUAGAAUCAGGAGGGGCGUGUGAAGUGUUUACCAGUGUAUACCAGGAUCACAGGUUACCAAAAGCCGAAUGUGAUUAUGAUUCACAGUUUGUCAUUCCUGAGUUUAGUCUGAAUGAAUACUUAGAUGAGAAGAGUGUACCUACUAAUACUAUACCUCUGGAUAUCCAUACUAUUGCCCAAUUGCUGCAUGAUACAGCUCUUGCACCUUACAUGAUGGAUGAUGCUUGUGUUCAAACUGUCAUACCAUACUAUCCCAAUGAUAAAGGAUGGAACAGAGCUUGUGAAGAAUUUGUAGAAUUACCAGUGCUGCAAUCUGGUACCAUCUGUCAUCUGUACAGCUCUUGUACUGGUGUCACCUGUUGUAGCAGCUUCCCAAGGAUCAAUAGGAAUGUUAACACACAGUUAAAACUGGAUCCCUGUAACAGUAAGAUGAUCAUUGGCAUUGAGAAGCUUGAAAUUACCAUCAGUUUGUUUGGAUAUACUUAUGGUGAAGUCAAAAAUGUAAAAUUGCAUGGAGUAAUUGGCCUUGAAUUUAAGAUUGAAAACCUUGAGGAAGAAAGAAAGUUUAUAGUUGACCUAGAGAUGAGCAUAUGUAUGGAGACAAAUGGAUCAUGUGAAAUAACUGUCCCUGUCUUGAUAAGUACAGCCCUACCAAAGGCACCUUGUGAUUGGAAGAAUGAUUAUGUUCAAGCAGAUUUUUCAUUCCUUGGUUUCCUGAAUGAGAAAGGUAUAAAUGUUAAUGAUAAUCUGGAUACUAAUCAACUUUCUGCCUUGAUAGAAAGGUUAGCCAUUGGAGAUUUCUUGAUGGACACACAAUGUAGUAGUUCUGCUUCUCCUUACAGUGGACAUUCAGACGGAUGGACUAAUUCAUGUGGACAGACUAUGGCAACCCUUCCCACUAUAUCAGGCGCUGUAUGCAAUGUUGGCAGUGAUUGUACCACUGUCUACUGUUGUUUGUCAGACACCAGAAUCGGCAAAAGUUUUGAGACAUUUGUGAAGUUUGACCCAUGUCUGUUCAAACUAAGCGUUGGAAUAGACAAACUAACAUUCAAUACACUGUUAUUUGAUUAUGAAUGGGGUCAGCUGACUGAAGUUUGGUUGUUUGGAUAUGUUAGAAUGGAAUUUACAGUUAGAGAUUUGGAGAUGGAGGGUGAUUAUUUGAUUGACAUGAAACUUCAGAUUUGUCGUGAGUCAGAUACAGAAACAACACCCUGUGGUGUUGAUAUAGUUAUCUUUGACAAAUACAGACUUCCAAAAUUGUCAUGUGACUGGAAUUCAGGACUAGAUUCAGGAUUCCAAGGAUUGGCAACAUGGCUGACAGACAACAGUGUGACCAAGACAGAACCUCUAAGGGGAUCAGAAACAUCCAAGUUAAUGUCUGACUCUGGCAUAGCAUCUUAUCUGUAUGAACCGUCAUGUGAUCAACAGGGUAGUAUGUACUCUGGAAAUGUGGGAGGUGUUAAGAAUGAUUGUGGAAUGCCUGUUUCUGUUCCUGUUUUAUCACCAGGAGUUGUCUGUACUGUUUCCAUGGAUACAUGUACUGGUCUGGACUGCUGUAUCACCAUUCCACUAACAAACAAGACGAUGAACUUCCGUAUCAACAUAAACCAUUGUUACCAGGACAUAACUGUUGGAUUGGAAUCAAUGAACAGAGAAUACAAAUUACUGGAUUACUCUUUUGGAACUAUUGAACGUUUCAACCUCAUAGGAGUUGGAAAAAUGGAAUACAAAAUAGAGAAUUUCCUAGGCGAGGGAGCUUUCUUGAUGGAUAUAAGCUUUUCCUUCUGUUUAGAGACAGGAAGUUGUGAAUUUACAGAGACUAUCAUUCAGGGUGUCAAGUUCCCUAAAAAGAAAUGUACAUGGGAUGAUACAUAUAGGGUGAAAGAUUUUUCACUGGAUCAGUGGAGUAGGGAGAGAUCUAUUGAUACAACUCAAGUGUACCCAGCUUAUUACAUCUCAGAACUUCUACAGAACUUAGACCUAACCAGAUACUUCCAGUCACCACAAUGUAGCCGAUCUUCUACUAUGUAUGAUUCACCAAUCAAUGGCUGGUUAAAAGAUUGUAAUGACACAGAUGUAGUAGCUAUAUCUACCAAUCCAAUGACAUGUUGGCUGAAGUCAGACUGUGCUGCUGUCAGCUGUUGUUUAGACGAAGAUUUUAUAAGCAAGACUUUUGAAGUAUUCUUUGAGAUAGAUGACUGCGAGAGAAAGAUAUACAUUGGAAUAGAAAAACUCAAAUUCUAUAUUCCUCUACAUGACUUCAAGUUUGAUACAUGGCAUGAAUUCAGUUUAGUAAAGACAAUACGCAUAAGGUACAAUGUAUAUGAUCUAUGGAGUGAAGGAGUAUAUCUGGUAUCCUUGGAGAUAUCAUCCUGCUGGGAGAGGUAUGGUAGUUGUGCUUGGACCCAGUCUGUACUGGAAUAUGCAAGGUUUAAAAAGCAAAUAUGUGCUUCACAGAUGGCAUAUCAGAACGCAGGCUUCUCUCUGACAUUAUGGGCUACUAGUAACAGCAUUGACAAGGAUGCCAUGACUGAAACCAACCUCGUACGACUCUAUGAUGAACUGGACAUUGCUUGGUAUCUGAAAAACACAUGUGACUAUGAGAUGUCACCCUUUAUAGCUAAUGGAUGGAAUGACACUUGUGGUUCAACCAUAAACAACUUGCCCAUGUUAUCUAGCGGUACUUCAUGUUAUAUAUCUGAUGUAUGUACAGAUGUUAGAUGCUGUGUUUCCGUACCAUUUUUGGGAAACCAUACAUUUGAUUUCUCACUAAAUUUGGAUGGCUGUACACAGUACAUGGAGAUUAGUUUGGAGAAUUACAAGGAACAAUUUAUGUUGAGAGACUAUACCUUUGGACAGGAGGAUUAUUUGUGGAUUAAAGGAGUAUUUAGACUCAAGUACACAAUAGAUGAUUUACCGGAGCAGAAUCUGUACAGAGUAUCUGUUAUGUUUGAGGUGUGUACUACCAAUGGUGCACCAUGUGAAUACAGCCUUACAGUAAUGGAUAGUGUAGAACUACCAAGAUCAUCAUGUCUUCCAGAGUGGGGUUAUGGAUAUGCUGAAGUUGGUUUUAUAAAGGAGCAAUGGAAGACAUCUCGAGGCCUUGCAGAUGAUGCCACACUGAACUCCUGGCAGAUUGCCAAGUUAUUGGAAGAAACUGAAAUAGCUCUUUACCAAAACAAACCACGCUGUGAUCAUACAAUGGGAGACUACCAAGGAUCUCAAGAUGGCUGGGUUAACAACUGUACAUUAGGAGUGUCCCCUGGUGUCCUGGAUGGAGAUAUUGUUUGUUUAAUUGGUAGUAAAUGUUCUGAGGUGUCUUGUUGUGUCAAUGACCCUGAGAACAUGAGUGACUUUAAUACCUAAUAUAAUUAUGAAAUGUUUUUACAGACUGUACAUUAGGAGUGUCCCCUGGUGUCUUGGAUGGAGAUAUUGUUUGUUUGAUUGGUAGUAAAUGUUCUGA